CCAAAUCUUGUUUUGACUUGAUAUUAAAGAGCGGGAGAAGAACGCGAAAUACUCGAUGCCACAAACGAGCUGGCUCUUGCGGUUCAGUACACAUCUGUGAACAGGACACAUCUAUCGAUUCAUCGGUCAAUUUUUCAAUCGGCGGGUUCUAACCCAUCGAACACUCUAAAAACAAGUGAUUUUCGGUCCUUUUCGCCUGCUGCCACGAACGUGAGCAACUUCAACGCAAAUCGCCACCGAUGAAAUCGUAGCUCUUCUUCUCAGCAAGGUGACGCAAAAAGCCACGCUAGAAUCCACUGCGUCAUCGUCGCGCAAAACGAAUCCCCAGAUCGGGUACUCAUCGGGUACUCAUGGGUACGUCUGAGAAGAAAAAUCGCCGGACUCGAGGAAAAAACGAAAGCAAAAGUUCUCGAGUAAAAACGAGAUAUGUGUCGAAAAACAUGGUAUGACGAUGGGGGCCAGGGCGUCGCAAGCAAGGUUCGACGGGCUGGUGAGGAGGGCAGACGUCAAGGAGUUGACACGGAGCCGCGACGCCGCAACGGCGAAAGCUGACGCCGCCCGCGUACAAAAGAACAAGGCGAACGCGGCAAAGAGAAAGGCGGAGAGAUUAGCGGCAGAAGAAAAAGAAGCAGCAGCAGCAGAAAAAGUUGAAGCAAGCAAGCAGCGAGAGCUACGCCAGGUAGCAGCACAAGCUGAUAGGGGGCGGGGUGGUAGGCAGUCGUCUUAGGUUCGUGGGCGCGGGCGGAGGCAAAGCGAGCGCGGUGGUGGCCGGAGCACCUGGGAUGAUGUGCGAGAGUUUUUGUUUUUUUUGUGCGUGUGUUUUUCUUGCUGCUGCUGCU